AGUGGAAAGUGUGGUGACAGCUUCCACGUUUAUGCAGACCAGGCUCUUUGUAAAUGCUUAUCAGUGGGAAGUCGCAAAACAAAUAACAGUAGAGACUAAUGACACACUAUGAAUGCAGACAGAGGAGAGCAACAAGCAGCCAUAUUCAUCUGCAUGGCUGGUUGGAUGAGGCAAACCCAUAGGAAUAGCACUGUACAUAUGUGAAGACUGGCAAUGGGAGGUGUUCUGACAAGCCAAAGAACCCCAGAGGAUUUCAGACAAACUCACAGUAAUGAAGACCUUCUACCAAGAGUGCAUGACAAUGACACAGCAGUAGUGUUGGAUAAUUACCCUCCUCCUGAUAUCUGUGAGCCCAUAUUUCAUAUGGGAGAGUGGCUGAAAGUAGUGUCUGAGGAAGGGUACUGGUGGAAGGUCUACUCAGUCCAAACUAAAGAAGUGAACUAUAUACCACACUGUCAUGCAGCAAAAGUCUACCAUGGCUGGCUGUAUGAAAAUGUGACCAGACCAAAGGCUGAAGAGCUGCUUCGUCUCCCAGGAAACCGAGUUGGGUCAUUCUUGAUCAGAGAGAGCACAAAAGGUAUGUACACCUUGUCUGUGCGCCACAGAUCCAUUAAGCAUUAUCGAAUAGUUCGGAUGCCAAACAAUUGGUACUUCAUCUCACCACGCCUCACUUUCCAAUGCCUGGAAGACCUGGUCAGCCACUACUCUGACAUAGCAGAUGGGUUGUGUUGUGUUCUAACAGGCCCGUGCUUGACUGUUUGUGAAACAACUCUUAAUCAGCUCUCUCCAACUGCAUCUGAUGGGCAAAAACGUUCCUUUGACUGGAAAGCAGUGAACAGCUCUGAGCUAAUGCACCAGAGUACAAGCCCUUCCUCUGCCAACCAAGAUUCAGCACUCAGCUACGGGGUUCAGAAUAGUGUCUCCUCCUACAUGUCCUUGCUGGGAGAGCAGGAGAAACCAGAGAGAAAAAAAUUUAGCUUCAAGAAAAAGAGGUGGAGGUCUGUCUAUACGCUGCCUGACCAUCGGCUUGACAGUUUGGCCACUGUGGAAGACGGCUAUGAGGAGGUGCAUUGACAAAUCAAUGCAGGUUCACUGGUGGAGAUUAAUUACUAAAAUAAUGAUUUACAGAAAAUUUUGCUUGACAGUCGUGGUCACCAUAGACUUGCAUUGGAUGGAAAAGAGCAGCUUGGACAUUCUGCUACAGAUACAUACAAAAUAUAUAUAUAUAUAUAUAUAUAUAUAUAUAUAUAUAUAUAUAGAUAUAUACACAUACACACACACACACACACACACACACACACACACACACUGCAUGCCCAAUUAUUAGGCAAGUGAGUGUUCUGAUCUUAUCAUUAUUUCCAUGCACAUUUUCCAACUCCAAACCAUAUAAACUAGAAUGCUUAUUGGAUUCAAUCAUUUUUAGGUGGUAUUUAUUUGUGUAAUGAGGGAGGAUGUGGCGAAAGUGACUAACACCUUAUAUCAAGGUGUGCAUAAAUAUUAGGCAGCUUCAUUACCUCAGGUAAAAUGGGCCAAAAAAGAGAUUUAACUGAAAAGUAAAAUAUUGUAAAAUGCCUUUCAGACGGAUGCAACACUCUUGAAAAACUAUUGAGGCGUGACCAUAAUCAAACAUUUUGUUGCGAAUAGUCAACUGGGGGCACAAAAAACGCAUGGAGAAGGCACAAAUUAACUGCAAAAGACUUCAGAAGAAUUAAACGUAAAGCUACCAGGAACCCAUUAUCCUCCAAUGCUACCAUAUUCCAGAACUGCAACCUACUUGGAGUGUCCAGAAGUACAAGGUGCCAACUGCUCAGAGACAUGGCCAAGGUCAAGAAGGCUGAAACACGACCACUACUGAAUAUAUUCACAAGCUGAAGUGUCAAAAUUGGAAAUACAUGAAGACAGAUUUUUCAAAGGUUUUAUGGACAGAUGAAAUGAGAGUGACUCUGGAUGGACCAGAUGGAUGGGCCCAUGGCUGGAUCAUUAAUGGACACAGGGCACCACUUCGAGUCAGGUGCCAGCAAGGUGGAGGAGGGGUAAUGGUAAGGGCUGCUAUCAUUAAGGAUGAGGUAGUUGGACCUUUUCGAGUUGAAGAUGGACUGAAACUCAACUCUCAAACCUUCUGCCAGUUUCUGGAAAGUACUUUCUUCAAGCAGUGGUGCAGGAAGAAGUCAUCUCAGCAUUCAAGAAGGCCAUGAUCUUUAUGCAGGACAAUGCUCCAUCACAUGCAUCCAAGCACUCCACUGCUUGGCUAGCCAGCAAGGGCCUCAAAGAUGCCCAAAUAAUGACUUGGCCCCCUUCCUCCCCUGACUUAAAUCCUACUGAGAACUUGUGGGCCCUUUUCAAAUGUGAGAUUUACAGUGAGGGAAGACAAUACACCUCUUUGAACAGCAUUUGGGAGGCUGUGGUUGCUGCUUCAGCGAAAAGUUGAUCGUGAACAGAUCAAGAAACUGACAGACUCCAUGGAUGGCAGUUAUUGAAGAGUGGCUAUAUUGGUCACUGAAUAUUUUUGAAAGGCCAAAAAUUAUAUUUGUCAUUUUGUGUUACUUAUUUGUUGCACCUACUCUAAAAAUUGAGAAUAAACAAUUGAGUUGGGAGAAAUUAUUUUUGUAAUUUAGUUGCCUAAUAAUUGUGCACACUAACAGUUGCCUAAUAAUUGUACACACUUGAUAUAUUCCCCUAAGAAAGACAAAACUCACUUUUUCUUUGUUAAACAUUCAGGUUUGAGGUUCAGUAACAUUUUGGAUUGACUGAGAGCAUUGUGUUUGUUCAACAAUAAAAUUAAUCCUGAGGAAUACAAUUUGCCUAAUAAUUGGGCAUGCAGUGUAUACAAUUGAUGUUGAUGUUUUACAAAAGAAUGAAAGUCAUCCGGGUUUCAAAAGACAAGUGGGUAAAUAAAUGAGGACAGAAUUUUAAUUUCUGGGUGAACUAUCCCUUUAAAAUAGUUCCUCCAGAGUAUUCCAAUUCCAAGCUUUUGAAGCUUUUAGUAUGAGAGAGCUUAAAGAUCCCAGUGCAACCCUGUUUCAUUAUUGUUGGACUUACAGAUGGAGAAGGAUUAGUAUGAUCUAACUGU